AUGAGCUCUCAAAAACACUCUGUUGCUGGUGCCCUGAAGCCUUAUGUGGCCGGCGGUUCUGCUGCUUGUGUGGCUACGAUGUGUGUUCACCCUCUUGAUCUUUUAAAGACUCGUGUCCAGGUCCAAAUUGUGGCUCCUGGAGAAGCUAGAUUGGGCUCUAUCAAGAUGGCCCAGCUGAUUGUGCGUGAGGGUGGCGUAACCAAGUUGUACGCUGGUCUUUCCGCCGCCAUCAUGCGACAGGCUGUGUACGGAACAGCUCGACUUGGCCUUCAUGACCAGCUGUCCAAGAUGUUCCGUGAUCACAACGGAGGUAAUGCCAUUCCUCUGUAUCAGAAGGUGAUUGCUUCGAUGGUCUCCGGAGCGGUUGGCGGUAUUGCGGGUAACCCGUUCGACAUUGCCAUGGUCCGUAUGCAGGCCGAUGGUCAUGCUCCCAUUGAGCAGCGACGUGGAUACACCAAUGUGUUCACCGCGGUGAGCCGAAUUACGAAGGAGGAGGGAGUUCUUACUCUUUGGAGAGGUUCAUUCCCCAUGGUGCUUCGUGCCAUUGCCAUGAACACCGGAAUGAUGGCCUCAUACGAUCAGUGCAAGGAAAUGCUCUAUCCCUACACCGGUAAGGGCUACACAACGAACCUGAUUGCUUCUUGCGUUUCUGGUUUCGUGUGUGCCUUUACGACUUUGCCUUUCGAUUUAAUUAAGUGCCGUAUGAUGAAUAUGCGUGUUGAUCCUGAAACGGGAAAAAUGCCGUACAAGAACUUAGUUGACUGUGCCUACAAGAUCGUGCGCUAUGAAGGCUUUACCACGUUCUGGAGAGGUUACUGGACUUUCUGGGCUCGUUCGGCUCCUCACGCGAUGAUUAGUUUGCUCUUGAAGGAUUUAUUCAAUGGUUGGUAUAAUAAGGCUUUUAUGAAGUAAAAUAUAUUGAUUUUAGUAUCUCCUGUAUAUUUCUAUUAUCGUUUUU